CAUUCAUCAUAUGGUGUAUCAGGGGUAAACAAAAGAAGCUCAGGGUUCUAAAAAGACAACACAGCCAUCCUCCCCUCAAAUCGAUGCCUCUAUAUUACGCCGCGUCUAUUUGCAAUCCAUCCCUAUUCUCUUCCAGUAGAAAUUUGAUUCCGCGGAAAAGCUUCCUCAACAAGAUCUGCUGCAUCUUGAAGCUGAAAAAAAGUGUUCCGAUUCUUCAGUCCGCCCAGCAAACAGACGAGCCCCCAGAGGCUAACUCCAAAAACACAACAUCAUGCCAGUUUUUCUUCCUCCCCCAAUCGCACCCGCCCCUCGUCGCCUCGCCAUUGAUAUUAACGGGCCAGAUUUCCCUUUCCGGUACUUGCGCGGACAAGCUAAUUCUCUCCCAGAAAUUCCCAGAUCCACGCCCAUUCGCUACCGAGAUCGUCUAGGGAACACAUUCGCCCUACACGCGGGCGGAACCGGGGAGCCGUCAGCCCAUUUUUGGUAAUGGGGACCAAGCUGCAGGAACCAGACGGUACUCCUGGCCCCGCUCGCCGGCCUGUGCCAUCACUAGCGCAUGCACGUUUGCGACCAGCCUUUUUUUCUUCUUUCAACAUCAGGCUCAUCGACAGAAACUUGGCCUCGGUUCAGGCAACAACAAGCGCCGGCCAUGUUGUUCCCAAGUUUGCAACGAUGCCUUGCGACACCCUACCUCGACUUUGCUGUGCGACUGUCUUCAUCACCCUCCGACCGACCAAAUGCGCACAGCCGACCCCGAGACCAGCUCACGAUGGCCGCCUUGGCAAGCACAAAUCACGGUUGGGCAUAGAACAAAGAACACAGUGACCGCGGCUGAGACGGCCCGAGGAGACAAGAAACAAUGGAAGCCGCAGAGACAAAGCCAUGAUUCACAGCCGCCAGGGCAGCCUUCGCCCUUGUUGCGCAACACUCACACACUCGAUGCAGCGUCGAUAUUUAUUCGCGGCGCCCUAUGAUCCCGGCCCGCUUGCUCCAAAUCGGGAAAGUCAGGGAACCUACAGAGAAAGUAGCAGACUACGAGCGAGAAGCGAGAAGCGGCCAGCCACCAUCUACUCCUGCAGUGUCAUCUCAUCCCGCUGAAGACCAGCCCCCGAUCUAGCCCAUCAUGUGGUCUCCCCUUGCCUCCCCUACCUCGAGCCCCCGCUCGUCGAGCCCCUCGUCCUCCAGCUCGGCCCAGCGGCCGAUUCGCUACCGGGGCUCCAACCGGCUCCUCAGCUUCGCCUCGAGCCGGGCGCUCGAGCCGAACCACCAGGCCGAGACCCCGGAGGAAGCCAAGGCCUCGCAGCGCAAGGCGCUCCGCGAGUCGCAGCACAAGAGCCUGCACCAGACUCUCCAUGCGCUCGGCGACAUGCUCUCCGAGUGCUCACAUCUCUACCGGGCGCUCGACCGGUUCCUGGGCGGCGACCAAACCCUGGCCUCCCGCACGUUCUCCGUCUUCCUCCCCCGGCCCGGGCGCAUCGCCGCCGCCGCUGCCGGCCAGGAGGAGGUGAGGGAUGACGGCGUGGUCGCCGACCUGACCGCCUGCGAAAUCCUAGAUCUGCACGUCUACGCCCGCCUCUUCGGUCUGCUCAAGGACGCCACCGCCCUGCGCAAGGGCCUUUCAAAGGACAAGGGCGGGGACGACGAGGGCGAGGAGACUACGGCGACGACGGCGACCGAGGAGGAGGAGCAGCGGCGCGACGAGAAGACGCAGGAGGAGAUCCUGGCCCUGGCAAAGUCCGCCGCGGCCGCGAGCCACCUGGUUGCCCGCAAGCUGCGGCCCUGGCGGGAGAUCUUCUGGGAGAACCUCCGGUGGGACCACGCGCGCAAGACGGCCGCACUAGAGGAGUUCGUGCUAAUCGUGGACGCCUGGCUCCGGGACCAGCGCAGCUCCUCCUCGAGCCGCUGAUCGCACGGCGAGGGCUGACGGUAAGUGACCCCCCACACACACUCUCUCUUGUAGCCAAAUCAGGUCGCACCCCCUGUCGCUGUGCUGCUGUUGCCUCCGAGGGCCGAUGGACAUACCGGCUGUUCUAGGUAAGCAAGUAGCGCAGCCGAGCUCAGUCUCCGGUUUAGGGACUGCGACUCUGAAUAAUCAGUCCUGCUCAUACCACGCCGUCCGCUCUACGCAAAGAUACGAGCAGUACGGCUUGGACACUGUAGAUUUUAAUCAAUAAUACUCGCGAUGCCAUUACCAUUAAACUUCCAGUUC